GCACUUCCGGCCCCGGAAAGUCAGCCUCCGCGUGCGUGGCGAAGGCGGCGCGCGUGACGUCGCCGGCCGAGGCUCGCGGCUGUCUAUCGUUCCCCAGUCUGGGAGAGAAAGAGGCCGGAUAGCGGAGCGAAGGCAGCGGCACCAUCGCCAGGCGCACGGGGCUCGGGAGCGGCCAUGGCUUACGCGUACCUCUUCAAGUACAUCAUCAUCGGGGACACGGGAGUGGGCAAAUCAUGCUUGUUGUUACAGUUCACAGACAAACGGUUCCAGCCUGUGCAUGACCUCACCAUCGGCGUGGAGUUUGGCGCACGGAUGAUCACCAUUGACGGAAAACAAAUCAAGUUACAGAUCUGGGACACGGCCGGCCAGGAGUCGUUCCGGUCCAUCACCAGGUCCUACUAUCGCGGGGCAGCAGGAGCUCUGCUGGUCUACGACAUCACAAGAAGGGACACGUUUAACCACUUGACAACAUGGUUAGAAGACGCACGUCAACAUUCCAACUCUAAUAUGGUCAUCAUGCUCAUCGGUAAUAAGAGUGAUCUGGAGUCACGGCGGGAGGUGAAGCGGGAAGAGGGAGAGGCCUUUGCCAGGGAGCACGGGCUUAUCUUCAUGGAGACCUCCGCCAAGACCGCGUCCAACGUGGAGGAGGCGUUUAUAAACACAGCCAAGGAGAUUUAUGAGAAGAUUCAGGAAGGCGUUUUUGAUAUCAACAAUGAGGCAAAUGGGAUUAAAAUUGGCCCCCAGCACGCCGCCACCAAUGCAACGCUGACCGGGAACCAGGGCGGGCUGCAGGCGGGGGGUGGCUGCUGCUGAGGUCAUUCACAGCUUUGGCCCACUGACCCCCGACCCACCCGUCCAACCCCCCCUACCCCAACAUGCCCCGGUCCCACUCCAGGAUUCAGCCACAUCCAAGAUGGCUGUCCAUCACAAUGUCGAGAUCCGUCACGGCUCCAAGAAGGGACUGCGACAGACAUGGCUAUCAUCCCCACCUAAGCGGAAAUGCUGAGGGUUGCAGCCAUGUCUGUUUUUUUUUUUUAAUUUAUCAGUCCAUCUGUAUUUUUUCCUUUCUUGUUGUAUUACUCCUCAUUUGCGUGACCGUGGCGACUUCAAAGCGGAAAUCGCAUUACACACUACAAGGUCAGCGGGGUAAUUUAAUCCAUCGCCGUGGAUGGAGUCUGGAUACUGUGGUAAAUCGGAAGUAUACAAAAAAAAAAAAAACUUAAAUUGUAGGACUGUAUUUAAAGCUCUAUUUCAAAGUGAAGAUGAGAAAUGUCAGGGCUGUUUUAAUGCUUUAUUUUUCAUAUAUUUUCUGUAUAUAGGGUUAUGAUUUCUUGCUUUAUGUGUAUAUUAACCAUGCUGGAGUCUUUAUGAGUUUUAUGAAAUUAUCCACUGUAUGGUUACAGCUGAAACUUAUGACAGUAUUGGUAUAGCCAUCCUGCUUAAAGUAGUUUUUAAAUCUUUUAUUAUUGUUAUUAUAAUUGUUGGUUUUGCCUUUUCCUAAUCUCUUCCUGUCCUUAAAGCAUCCUCUCUGUAUAGGCUUUGGCUGGAUAUUAUGUGUCUAUUUUAAUGCCAAACUGUUGUUUCUGUGUGACAUAAUCCCACCUUUUAUCAUGGACCGCCCACCACAAUGGGUUUGCUGUUUUUUGCCUUAAGAAGAUGCAGAUAUUUUUUAGUGGUACAGUGUAACAAACGACACGUGCACGAUCGCACACAGCGCCGCUCACGGUGACGCCUCCUGUAACUGGUGGGGUCCUCCCUGCUCUCCCCUCCCCUCCCCUCCCCCAGGCUGUGCAGCGAGCUGCAGUGUCUCCAUGGUUACGGGAAGGUCGAGAGGUUGGAGGUCUGGGGGGCGGGGGGCAACCUGGAGUACACUUGUCGCCUUCGAGUUAUAUCAGCUGUGUUGUCUGAAAAUGAAAUGUCACGACAAUAAAAGUGUUUUCUGUGGCAGAAA